AUGUCCAAAGUUGAACAAAUUAAAAAAGAUUUACGCUCCAUUGAUACAGGCUACGGCCUAAUGAGUCUUACUUGGAGACCAGACCCUCCAAGCAGAGAAAACCAACUACGCACCAUGCAUCAAGCUGUCAUGUUGCAGAAGUCGUUGAACAAAGAUAAAAAAAUCUUCUUCAACGCAGGUGAGUUCUAUGGUCCCAAUAGAGUCAAUUUGCAAUUGAUCAAGGAAUUCUUCGCCAAGUACCCGGACUUGAGGUCUUGUAUCAUCAUCUCUGUGAAAGGUGGUCUUGAUAUGGAAAAAUUCGUCGCUCAGGGCAAAUACGAUGAUGUUUUGAAAUCCAUCAAGAAUUGUUAUGAUGCCAUGGGUGGAUAUAUUGAUAUUUUUGAAGUCGCCAGAAUAGACGCCACUAUUAUCCCAGAAGGUUCCUCUUAUCCAAAGGAAACGUUCGAUGCUCUAGUGAAAGGUAUUGAAAAUGAAUGGAUCGGUGCCAUUUCUCUAAGUGAAGUGACAUUACCACAAAUCAAAGAUAUUCACCAAGGUUUUGCCAAAUAUCUUGUUUGUGUAGAAUUGGAAUUUUCUUUAUUCUCUACUCAAAUCAUGGAUGAUGGGACCGUGGCUCUUUGUGAUUCUUUGGGAUUAAUCAUCAUCUGUUAUUCACCAUUGGGCAGAGGUCUAUUAUCGGAACAAGUCAAAGAUGGAUCGACAUUGCCCGAUGGUGAUAUCAGAAAGAAUAUGAAAAGAUUCAAUGGGCCUGCUUAUGAGAAAAACAUGGAAUUGGUCCACUUCUUGAAAAAUGAUAUUCUUAAAGAUAGAUCCCCACAAAUCUCCACUGUCCAAUUGGCAUUGGCUUGGAUCAAACAAUGGAACUCCGUUUAUAACAAUUGUAAAUUCAUUCCAAUCCCAAGUGGAUCAACAGUAGAGAAAGUCACUGAAAAUUUCGAUAUUACAAAAAGUGUCAUCACGCAAGAUGAGUUUAACAAGAUUAAUGAAUUUUUGAAAAAUUUUGUUACACAAGGUGAUCGUUAUGAACAUGUUUGA